AUGGGAAACUCAAAAGAUAGCCUGAGGAGAAAGAUAGAAGAAACCGAAACCCUACCUGAAAAAAUGAACAAAGAAGAUGGCCAUGAGAAUGAAGAAACAGAGAUAAUGAGGAAUAAAUAUCUCGAGGAGACUUGGGACCCAAGCGGGUUCAAGAAAGAUUUAGAAACAUAUGGAGAAAAGGAUAUUAUGAGGUUUAUCAAGUUCAAUACUGGAGGGAUGAGAGGGCUGAUGAGGAGUGGAUUCAAUGGAAUUAAUGAGGUUACAUGUAACCUUAUCGGAACUGAGCUAUGCAAGAGAUUUUCUAGUAUUGUGAUAGGAUGCGAUGGAAGAUAUAACUCAUUGAAUUACGCCAUUCUACUAAGAGAGAUAUUCAGAAUUAAUGGAAAAGAAGCCAGCCUGUAUCCGGAAGUGGUGACCCCAUUUCUUGCCUUUCUUAUACCCAAGCUUGGGGCCAGCUGUGGAGUAAUGGUCACGGCAUCUCACAAUCCAAAGGAAUACAAUGGCUUCAAGGUGUAUACAUCUAAGGGAAGCCAGAUAGGACCACCACUAGAUAGGGAAAUAGAAGACUCUAUGAAGAUGCUUGAUUUGACAGAACUCGAUAAAGAGGGAGAGCUUUCAAAUAUAUUCAGUCGAAUGAAGGAGGAGAACAAUGCCUUAAAGGAAGGAAAGACGCUCCUUUCGGGAAGAGUUGCAGAUCUAGUGGAUACUAAUACUUGGGAGAGGAGUAAGCUUAUAGAUGCCUACAACAGAUGGAUGUUUGAAAAUUGGGGCGAUGAAAUAGUCCAACGGAUCCGAAACACCAAACCUUUAGUUCCUAUAGUUUUCACAGGACUUUGUGGGGUUUCUGGGGAGUUUGUAAAAAAAGCUCUAAAGUUCUAUGGGUUAGACGGCUUGGUGCAUUUUAUCGAAGAGGAAUGCAUUCCAAACCCCAAUUUUCCAAGGCUUCCUUUCCCAAAUCCCGAGGUUACAGAAACUCUUGAGCAGUCUAAGGCAUCUGAUCUAGCAGAUAUUGUAUUUUCAUGCGACCCGGACGGAGACAGAUUUGGGCUUUCCGAAAGGAUCGAUGGAGAAUGGGUCGACUACAACGGAAACGAGAUAGCAGCAAUGUUCAUGUACUUCUUCGUUGAGAAUUUUGAACCAUCGAGCCUUGCCUUUGUAAAUACUCAUCUGUGCAACGACCUUAUGGAAAAGGUCUGCUUGGACCACGGGAUCAAAUACCUGCGUACAGAGACGGGAUUCAAAAAUGUUAGCCGAGCUGUUGAUUCUGUUGAAGAAAAGAAGGUGUUUGCCUAUGAAGAUUCUCUUGGAUUUCUGUUUGGAAAUGGAAAGGAAAAAGAUGGGAUCAAAUGUGUAGUUCUUAUGGCGCAUAUGGUUCAGAAAGAGCUUCCAAGCCAGAUCCUGAAGAAGAUGGAAAGGUAUGGAAGCUUCAGUUCGGUAAACAUUCAUGUGAGGUGUGCUGAUCCUGGAAGGGUCUUAAAACGAGUUCUUAAGAAGCUUCCAAAUGUAAAAACAGAAGGAAAGAGAAGCAUGGUGGAAUUUAGUGACUACAAGGUAACAUUGAGAAUAAGCGGAACUGAGUCUAUGCUGAAAAUUUAUACAAGCUCUAGACAACUGGAUAAGAAAGGUCUUAGCAAAGCCGCAGAAGAUUUUACUAAGAAGUAUGUCAGGGACGAAGUACUCUAA